AUGGUCUCCCUUCGAUGUAUCCACAGCCCCUCGAGCGCAAAUAUCUUUGUCCAGCUUGCGCGCCGCACAACACCGACGUCGAACGCCCCGGCACCGAUCCUCUCGGUACUUGUUCCGGGAUGGAAGCCCGCCACCACCACCGCUACCGCCACCAGGAAAGCCGGCUUCAGCAGCACGCGACAAUGUUGCACCGACGGCGUUCCAAGGAGGACGAUGCCGCAGCGCUUCGCCGGGAGGACGAUGCGACAGCAGACCCGAGCCUUCACAGCUUCCGCGGCGAGGAGGCAGACGAGAUGCGCCUGGAACCCGAAGACGGAUGAGGAAGGGCAAGAGAUGAAGCUCGAUAUCACAGACAGAGCGGGCAAGCGUCUAGCAACCAUCAUGAAGAAGGACAACAACCCGAACCUAGCCCUGAGGAUACAAGUCGAGAGCGGAGGUUGCCACGGCUUCCAGUACCUCAUGAGCCUAGUCACCCUACCCGAAGGUGAGAGCGCAGAGGACUGGUCCAAGGUUGUUGGGGAGGACGACACGGUUUUCCAAUACCUGCCAGAGGAUGCCAACCCGACCAGCGUAACGUUUGAGGGACCCAAGGUGGUGAUUGACGAGCCGUCGCUGGAUCUACUCAAGGGAAGCAAGGUCGACUUUACUAUGGAGCUUAUUGGGUCCCAGUUCAAGAUUACGGACAACCCGUAUGCGUCGAGCAGCUGUGGAUGUGGGACUAGCUUCGACAUCAAGAUUUGA